UGCUCUUUCUCCUCCGCCCCCUCCUUCUCCGCGUCCUUGGUGUAGAAGAACGGGAGGCUGCUCCCUCAUUGCCAUUGUUCUUCUUCUCUCAGGAACAUCGACUCAGAGCAGCGGCGGGCGCGACGCGGCUGCUGCUCGGGUCGGACCGAACGGCGGCGUUCUGACGUCAUGACGGGCUCCGGGUCGAAGCUCGGGGUCGUGCUUUUGCUGGCGGUGCUGCUGCAGACCGUGGUGGUGACCAUCACCGUGCUGCACUUCAGCACGGCUCUGAACGCGAUGAAGGAGACGUUUGCCCGGAGCAGCGUUUCAUGUCUGACCGGCGCUGACCUGCAGAGCCUCACAGCAGUGCGUGGAGACCCCUGCUGGAAAGUGUCGCAGCAGCUUCACCUGCUCAUUGAGAAGUCGGUGUCUCAGCGGUACCAGAGGCAGAUUUCCUCUGCGGUCAGAGAUGAAGUGUCUCGUGUUCUGCCCUCACUUGUGAUGGAGGACAGGGCUUCACCUCGCCCCAAAGUGGCUGCACACGUCACUGGGAGCUUCCUGCCCCAAAUAGAGCGAGGAGGAGGAGGAGGGCCGGUCUCAGCUGGUCGCCGGGUCCAGGGUCAGAAGAUCUCAUGGUGGGAGGGUCAGAAAGGACUGGCGUUUCUCCAGGACGUCCAGCUGGUGGACGGAGAGCUGGUGGUGCCACAGCCCGGUCUUUACUAUGUCUACGCUCAGACGUACUUCAGACACACCCACUCCCUGGAGGAGGAGGAGGGAGGGGAGCAGCAGGACAGAGGAAGACCACUGCUGCAGUACGUCUACAAGAAGCUCAGCUCCUACCCUGUUCCCAUCCUGCUGAUGAAAACCAGUCGAACGUCCUGCUGGUCCCAGGGCUCCCAGUUCUCUCUACACUCCGCCCACCAGGGGGGGCUGUUUCCUCUCAGCGCUGGCGAUCGAUUGUUUGUCACGGUGACCAACGCCUCUGCCGUGGACAUGGACGAGAAGAGCAGCUUCUUUGGAGCUUUUCUCAUCAGCUAGACGACUGGACGCCUGGAAAAGUCAGAAACCAAAAACAUUUGAACUCUUUUUUUCUGGUGAAGCACUUGUUCAAAGAAACUAAAAUCACAAAAUCAACGGGUUUGUUGACGGAGGAGAGACAGAAGUUUGAUCUUGAGGAGGUGGAGGUUUAGAGAGAGUUGAUUUUGUUUGUGAGACGAUCACUGAUGAGGAUGGACCAGGCCACUGUCCAAUCAGAAGCUGCUGCUUCAGACUGGCUGAAGUGAUCAUGAAACCCCCCCCACUUU